GAUUCUCUCUGCCUGUUUCUCCUCAGACUGACGAUGGCUGAAGCCCAGCUGUGUGGAUUACAGGAUGAGGUCACCUGCUCGGUGUGUCUGGACACCCUGACUGACCCCGUCUCAAUCCCCUGUGGUCACAAUUUCUGUCUGAAGUGCCUCACGGACUGCUGGGAUCAGAGCCAAGAGUGCCACUGUCCUCAGUGCAGACACACCUUCACCACAAGGCCUGCUCUGAACAGAAACACUCUGCUGAAUGAAGUUGUCAAGAAAUUAAAGAAGAUGGGACUCACUCCUUCUCCACCUCAUUCUCAGAAUUCUGCUGGCCCUGGAGAUGUGGAGUGUGACGCCUGUACUGGGAAGAAGUUCAGAGCGGUGAAGUCCUGUUUAACCUGUAUGGCCUCCUACUGUCAGACUCACCUGCAGCCUCACUAUGAGAUAGCGGCCUGGAAGGGACACAAGCUGACUGAUCCUGAUGGAAAUCUGAAGGAGAAACUCUGUGUGAAACAUCAGAAAAGUCUGGAAAUAUUUUGCAAAACUGAUGAGACCUGU